CUACUGCUGAGUAUACUUAAGUCAUAUUCAAUACGCAAAAGAUUAUAAGAACACUGAGCAAAUCGCUUAUAUUGAUAAAAUCUACACCCGCUUAACGAAAAUAAUUAAAAUGGAUGAAAUAUUUAAGAACAGCAACACACAAAAUAUGUUUGCACAUUUGGGAACUCGUGUUGGCAAUGAUUACGUCCCAUCCAAAAACUGUUUUGUUAUACUCAUGCAUAUCUACGAAAAAUUGAAUUCAUCAGAAGAAAGCGCAACGCAUCUUAGACAGAUAAUUGGAUUCUCACAGCUAUUAAGCAAACAUCUCAUACCAAUGUUUAUUGCAGUUAAUAACGACAAUAUAAUUGACAUUUUGUUGAAAAUUCUUGUUAGUUUAAUAUCGCCAAUUGAAUGUUUGAUGCUUGUUGAAAAAAGGGCUGGAGAAAAGGGUGAUAUUUCCACGUUACUUAGGAUGAAUUGGAUGAUGAUGACAAGUAAAGCUACAUGGACUGACUUAAAAGCCAUCAAACGAAUCAUGCAGAUUAUAAAGGAACAUAUGAAAAAAUUGUCUUGCUAUCCUGCAAGAUGUACCAACAAUCAAAGUAUAUCAUUUAUAAGCAAUUGUUUGCGUUUAAUAAAAAAUAUCCUUCACAUACCCAACGAACAGUAUCAAAAUACUUUAUUGUGGAUGAUAUUUUCUGAACAAUUUGACGAGAUUAUUAUUGCCUUGAUCGCCAAUUCUAACCGAGGACAUUGGGCAGUACUAAUCAUUGAACUAAUAGCUCUGAUUUUUAAGAAUCAACACGUUGACGAGAUGUCAAAGCAAAUUAUUAAAAUGAAUGAAACUAUAAGGUUUGAUAGUUCUGAGGACAAUGAAAGCAAUACAUCAUCAUUAUAUCCAAAGAAUGGAAGAAAUUCAUCACCAGAAAAUGUAUCUGAUUUUUCAAACACAGAGGACAAUGAUAAUGAAAAUAAUUUGAAUGUGAAUCAAAUGAUCAAAAAUCUACGUCAAAACAAUUUGAUGGAUGGACAAGACAAUAGUUCUAAAGAAAUUGUAAAUCAAAAUUCAAAAGUUAAUACUGUAAAAGAUAAACUCGAAACUAAAACUGCAGUGGAAGACAUUUCACUGUUACCUGAGCACGAUUUAAAAAAAGAAGAUACCGAGGAGAAAAAUGAUUCCAAAAACUCAAACAGAGAAUCCAGGAGAAAUUCAUUUGAACAAAUUAAACUUGAAUUUGAAAUGAAAACCUAUAAACCCACUUUUGCGAGUGACAUUUGUAGAAAAAAAGUAGUGUCGCGCAAAAAAAAAUAUACAAAAAAAAUCAUUAAAACAAAAUUGAAAUUACCAACUUUUCCAAUACAGUUCAAUGUGCCAAAUGAGAUGUGCAUAAUAUCCUACUUUCUUCAGAAAUUUACUGUUUGUUUUUUACAAAAUGGAUUCAAUACGUUAGUCGACGAACUCUAUUACUUACUUACAACUAAUUCACAGCAACACAUAGAUACUUCACUUUAUUUUUGGUUAUUGACAUACUUUUGUAGAUUUUGCAAACUGAGCAACAUUGAGUUGAAAUUGGUCAGACGAAUUGUAUCUUUCAAACUGAUUUCAUUUAUUGUUCACGAGGGUCUUAAAAUAUCGGAACAAUUAACCAUCGCAAAACGGCAAAAAUCUCCAAAUAUUCAUUUAAAAGUCAGACAUUUGCAUUUGGCCGUCAUGGCCAUUAAAGAGGUGAUAAAAACUAUUGAGUUUUAUCGCCAAACUGCUGUCGAUUCUCUGAUGUAUGCAGAUCUAAUAAAAGAUCUUCAGAAUUCAGGUAACAACUCGCCGGAAUCAAUCACUUGGGCAAAGGACCUCAAGUCCUUAUUCACAUUGCUAAUCCGUUACUACGAUAGCGACAUACAGAUUAUUGAAUACUUGCACGAUUUAAUAGUUACAAAUCACAUGGUGUUGUCGUUGUUUGAUACCCUUAAAGACUGUUGGAAUUUAAAUGACAAUAUUACUGCGUACAUCAAAAAGUUUGCUGUUCCCGACUUAAUGUACAAGUAUGGUGUAGUCCUACAAAACUACGAAAAAAACAGCGAAAUAAUCAAUGAAUCCGUGUUCACUAUGAUGCAUCACGUCAGCAAGGUUGAAAAUACUACAGCACUCUUUCAGCCGAUCAUUUUGAAAACGUUUUUGAAAAUGUUCGAAAACAAUGAUAUUCAGUACAAAAGGUGGUCCAGUUUGAUUGAAAAUGUUUUAAACAAGUUUCUAAAAUCUACCUCAAACAAAGACCUGUUCUGAAAACGCUCUUCGAGGAAUUGUAUGGACCUACAUAGGUAGAUAGCUACGAUUGGACUUCAAAAUUUAAACGAUGAAUAAAUGAAAACGAAAAAAAAUUACUUGUAACUACAAACACGUAGGUAGGUAUGUC